UUUAUUUUGUGGCUUUUUAACUGUUUUGCUUCGAUUAUCAAAAUUUGCUUUACAUCAAUUUUACGUGGAAUUAUGAAUUUUAUUUCCUGCCUUUGUAAUUGUUUUGCUUCAAUCAACAAAGACUGUCUCACUUCGUUUUUGUCUGGGUUAGUGGCUUUUUUGGUAACAACAGUCGUCAUUCUUUUUGUUUUUCUGAUUUUUGGUGGUUUUUGGGUUGUUUUCAAUAAUAUAGUUAAUGAUCCAUUUUUCGGUGAAUAUUGGUUUAUCCCUGCAACUCUAUUAAUAAUUGCUUUAUUAUGUAUCAUCUGUUUAUUGCUAUGGCAUUUAUAUGAUGCAAUAACUUCAUGCCCGUUAGAUUCAGAAACUAAGGAGUUAAUUAAUAUAAUUUUUAAUAUUUUAUUUUCCUUUUUGUUUUUAAUGUUUUUUAUUAUAACUUUUGUCCUUAUUAUGGUUAUAUUUUAUCUUAUUUUUGAAUAUAUUAUUUAUGCCGAUCUCAGUAAAAAUCGUGUUUUUACAAAUAGAUUUAUUUCUGCAAUUCUUGCUUUACUUGGGUUUUUUGGUUCACUUGCAUUGUAUUUUUCUGGUUUGUUUGCAUUGUUAAUUAAUUGUCAUGAGUAA